CGAUGCUCUGGUUAUGAAUAAAUGCUAGAGAGAACAGAGAGCAGGGUGCUGGAGUCACUUUCUGACUGAAAACUCUGGGCAUCAUUAUCCUGGGAAGAGCCAAGAAUGGCUGAAAGAGAAGGCGUUAACCUGGAAGAGCUGAAGAAGAAAAUGGCCGAGCUUGCCAGGGAAAGGGACUGGGAUCACUUUCAUAGCCCUAGAAAUCUACUUUUGGCUCUGGUGGGAGAAGUAGGAGAGGUAUCUGAGAUAUUUCAGUGGAAAGGAGAGGUUCAAAGAGGACUCCCUGGUUGGAAAGAUGAAGACAAGCAACACCUGGGGGAAGAGCUCUCAGACGUGUUACUGUACCUGGUGAGGCUCUCUGACGUUUGUGGCAUUGAUCUUGGUAAAGCUGCACUUGCUAAGCUGGAGAUGAAUGAUCUCAAAUACCAAGUCAAGCUUUGCAAGGGUUCCUCCAAAAAGUACACGCAACUCAAAGCAGAAGACAAGGAUGGCAACACCAGUACUGAUGGUGCUCAACAUAUCUCUGAUCCUCAUGAUGCUUAGCACAUCUCUGACCAGAGAGAUUCGUCACGUCUCUAUAGAUUCUCAUAGCCUUUUUUUGUCUACCUUCUACAGUGUUAAUGGUGUUUGUAUAGGUUAGGCUGUAGGGGUGAAAUGUGUAAUGCAUAGGUUGGUGGUGUAGGUUAUGAGUUUGUACUUUGUAGAACACGAAACAACUUUGGUUGGUGA